AUGUCUUUCCAGCCCAUCAAGAACUCGCUGCGCUUCAUCAGCACCGCCUCCAGACCUUCGUCUCUCUUCACUCGUCAGUUCCACGCAAGAACAGCAAUGUCUGCCCAGAUCCCCUCUUCCAACGACAUUUCAGCCGUCGCCAAGGACGAGAACGGUCCCGUCAAGGGCUCCGAGUCCGCUCAGAUGCAGAGCCAGGUCGGCAAAGUCCAGAACUUUGAAAGCGCCGCGCAGGAUGUCCUCAGCAAGAUGCAGCAGGAUCCCGCUUCUGUCACCGCCGACGACGCCAACUACCUCAAGUCUCGCGAGGCCCGCGCCACCGGCCAGGCUCAGCCUCCCAAGGACAGCGUUUCGGCGGAUGCUCAGCGUCUUGCUGCUGCCAAUGAGCAGGGUGCUGCACCCAAGACUGGACCUCUGAGCCCUGCUGAGCAGUCUCACCUUACAAAGGAGCGCAACCUCGAGCAGACCGUCAACGACGUCGCCUCCAAGGACCCCUCGCAGAUCACUCAAGACGAUGCCAAUCUUCUACACAGCCGCGAGCAGCGCGCUCAUGGUCACACCGAGAAAGGCGGUGUCGCAUCUCAGGCCAAGACCAUCGCCAACGAGAACACCCGCUCGUAG